AAGCUAAGGAGUAAUGGAUAGUCCAGUCCUUCUAGUCCCGGAUCUUAUACUAUUACCCUAACAGUUUUGGAGGUCCGCCUUUUGGGGCGUCCUAUAUAUACGUUUGAUUUGAGCCCUCCCUCCUCUUCGUCGUCCUUUUGCUCAGACGUAGAAAUUCUCUCGCCGCCGUAGCCAUAUCAAUUUUCCUCCGAUUUCAAAUGGCUGCGAGCGGUUUUGGAGUUUCUGGCGUUCGGAUGAAGAGCUUGGAUUGUGGCUCCGCGAGCCGCACAUUGGCAGCAUUACGGCCUUCGCUCGGUUUGAGGAUUCCAGAAACGAUUCGAUUUGAUCAAUUUGUGGUGUCGCGUAGAUCAGCAAAGCCAGUAAUUGCCUUGCAAAGUUCGGUUUCUAAAGCAGAUCUGAAUGCCAAGGUGGAUGAUCAUUUGAAAGAUACACAUUCAUGUGUUGCAGUAAAGACAGAUAUACCCAAUGCUGCUGAGAUUGAGUCUUUAUUGACAAUGCUAUGCGACACAUCAAUUGCCGAACUCGACCUUAAAAUUGGAGGAUUCCAGUUGUAUGUUUCAAGAAAUCUGGUUGAUCAUAGCGCGCCACCACAACCACCAGUUCCUGCUCCCGUUGCUAUCCAACCAGUCUCUGGAAUACAUGAUUCAAAUGGCUCAGUGGAAUCAACUUCCUUAACCCUAUCGAAACCAAACCUUUACUCAAAUGGGGCUGACACAUUGUUUGAACAAGCUGCAGAGCUGGGCUUGACUGUACUUAAAUCCCCAAGGGUCGGGUUUUUUAGGAGAUCUCGGACCAUUAAAGGAAAGAAGACUCCUCCAGCUUGCAAAGAGAAAGACAUAGUAAAGGAGAGUCAGGUGCUUUGCUACAUUGAUCAGCUAGGUGGCGAAAUACCCGUCGAGUCGGAUAUAUCUGGAGAGGUGGUUAAGAUUCUCAGAGCAGAUGGUGAACCCGUUGGCUAUGGUGACGCCCUUAUUGCAGUGCUUCCUUCUUUUCCCGGGAUAAAGAAUAUUCAGUAGGUACUUUUAGCUUAUUGUCAGCCCUCAGCACAGGUUUUCUUUGGUUGCCAUUCUAUUUUAUUCAAUUAUCUAUCUAUCUAUUGGUUCAUUGAAUCCUAAAUGCUAAAAUUUGAGAAAUGAGAUCAACAGAUUAGAUUGUUUUAAAUCGAUUGCUGCGACAGCUAUUAUGUUUUUACAUUGAGAAUGAAAGAAGAUUAGACAUUUUUCCUGUUUUCUUUUUUUACUGAUUUCCUUGCACCAUUUGCAAGAUUAUAUGAUUAACCAAAACCCUCUGUUAAGACCAACUCCGGUUGAGACUUGGAAGAAUUGAAAACAAUGUAUUUGAAAUAAACUUGAAAUGUGGGAUUCUCAGGCAGAUUUGUGUUUUUGGCUUGGCAUAAAGAUAAAUGUGUGUUUGUGUUACAUGACUUGUCAAAAUUUAUGACCUUAGGCCUCGAUUAUAUAACUUUCACUUGCAAAUUCCUCUCAAUAUGGGCAUGGGAGUAGUAAAACGAAUGGUUAUAUAUAUAUAUAUAUUAACUGUUUGUUAAAGCCCAAUUCAGCCAGUCCAUUCUAAUCUGGACACAUUUUUACAACAUAAAAAUGUAACAAAAACUCAUAGUAAACAUAGAUACGUGAUGUUUUAUUAUAGAGAAGAAAAAGGAAAAAAAAACACUAUUUUAUGUGAUGUUUGUUUUUGAAAAGUUACAAUUUUAUGGAUUG